AUAAUAGACUUCAAUUAUACUCAGGAUACAGAUGAUCCUACAGGUUUAGGCCUAUACCAAUUGUCAUAUCCACAAACACGGGACAAAGGUCCAUGCCUCUAGACAACAGUUUUUUCUGGAGUGACCUCAUCCUUGAAAUAACGAGCAGAAACAUCAUAUAUAUUUUCAGCCAGGAACAAUUCAGCUUGCGACUUAGUAAAAGGAAGACCUGCGUUUUAGACGUUUGAGUGCUUGUAGAGAUUGACCAAUAAAGCUGUUUUCCUCCUGCACAUUCCCGUUAAGGGAUGUCAUUAGAAUCCAACCAUGCCUGAGAUUAGCAACAACAACCUUGUUCUUGGUAGUCUGGUAGCGUGUGCUAUGGGUGUGUUGGGCAUCUCAUAUAUCUUCUUACGGAGAGAAAAACGCAAAUUCACUCAGGUUGGAGUGGUGUCUAAACUCUUUAUUCAUCCAAUCAAAUCAUGUAGAGGAUUGGAGGUUUCUCAGGCUGAGUGUGUUGCUCUUGGAAUCAAGAAUAAUGGAGUCAUAGAUAGAUCAUUUAUCAUCAUCUCCCCCGAAGGACGAUUUGUGAGCCAGAGACAGCAGCCUUCUAUAGCAUUGAUAUCACCCUCUGUCUCAGAAGACAAGGAGAGUUUGUUGAUCAAUGCCCCUGGUAUGACAACUCUGAAAGUCCCUCUCAAAGAUCAGAACGGACCUGUCUGUAAUGUUAAGUUAUGGCGACUGAUGAUUGAAGGUGAAGAUUGUGGUCAUGAAGCCAAUGAAUGGUUUAGCCAGUAUCUAGGAUCCCCUGGUCAUAAGCUUCUACGUCAUUCAAAGAGAAUCAAGGGAAAGGUGUUCUCACAGGACUCUCUUUGGGGAAGCAAAGCAAAAAGGGGAGAAAAGUCUGCGUACCAGGACCUGGCUCAAGUAAAUAUAUUAAGCGUUGCUUCGCUGGAUAGCUUGAAUUCAAAGUUAGAAAAACCAGUUCAGCUCAGAAACUUCAGACCAAAUAUCGUGGUAGAAGGAACAAGUGCAUUCUGUGAGGACAAAUGGAAGUAUGUCAGAAUUGGAGAACAAAUUUUAUUGAGGACAACUCAUCUUUGUGGAAGAUGUCGUCAGACCACUGUUGACCCUGAUACAGGAAAGUUUAUGGAAAGCGGAGACCCAUUGAAGACUCUCAAAUCAUACCGGAUGGCACCCCCAGAUGACCCAGACAAGAACCGCUACGGUGCUGCACCUCUAUUUGGAACCAACCUAGCUAUCGAAUCGUUUGGGUAUAUUCAAAUAGGUGACCCUGUGUACGCAAGCAUCGUCUAAAUUCAUAUCACUUCUUAACUUAAGAUAUUGUUAUAAUUUCCCAAUCAAACUAUAUAUUGUCCAGGUAAUAUGUUCUCUUUAAUAGAAUAUGUUUAAAAAGUAACAAUAAUGAUAAUAUUAAUAAUGUGCAACAUUUAUAUAGCGCUUAUAUAAUGUUUCUAAGCGCUGCAUACUAUUACGGUAAUCUGAAAACUUUCUACUAAAAGAGAUCAUUUGAAAGUGUUUCCCCAAGCAAAAACCGUAUAUAGGUAUUUCUCCAGUUUUAAAAUCCGUUAAGUAAUUCCAUGCUACGACAUCCAUCAUCCAUAUCGAUAUUUCAUGCAAGUUCAUUUUUUUAAAGAUUGUUUUAGAUGAAAACGGUUUCAACUCCUUUCAAUCUCUUGCCCCCCGUCUUUGGAACAUACUCCCUCCAUCUAUUCGAAAUCUCUCUUCUCCUGACCUCUUCAAAACACACUUAUAUAACCAUAAACCUUAACUUGUCUUAUAUGCAAUCAACAGCGCUUUGUAUCCCCUGGAAAAAAGCGCUAUAUAAAUCCAAUUAUUAUUAUUAUUAUUAUUAUAUGCAUUCCAUCUGAGGUCAUUUUGAAUUCAUUUAUGACAACAAUUAUUGAAGAUUAUGAACUUCCAAAAAAAGUUUUAGGACAACGUCUUUAUGUUUGUUAAAGAAUUAGUGUAUUGUCGCAAAAGAUUGUUUAUGUCAAGCGAGAGUUUUUACGACUGCAUGUACCACUAUAAUUAUGUUUUGACAUAAUUUUGGAUAAUAAUUAUAAAGUCACACGCAGUUUGGUUUCAGAUGCCAAGAAAAUGUUAAACAAAUACCGUACAGAAAAAUGAAAUGAAAUCAUAAUUAUUGUAUGCCUAUACUCUGGUAACAUUAUAUAUUAUCAUAUGUGAUACUGCCUUUUGUACUUGCUAUUUAAAAUUAUAGAAUGUUGGUGAGAAUAGUGAAAUAAAUAGAAUGAAAAUGAUUUUUAAUCUUUAUCGUUUUAUGUGUAAUUCAAUAGUAUUAAAACACAAUUUAUGUCAAUAACAUUACACAUAAAACAGUUUCGUCACAUGUGAAAUAUUGAAGCAUUGUUUGCAUUUUGGCAAAAUGAAACUAUGACUCAUCUAUAAGCUCUU